AUGCUCACAGUAACCGCCCAGCAUAACCCAAAUUAUAAUCCUGUAGAAAGAUUGGAAAUCCAAUCCUUGAAGGCCACCGUUGACGACCCAGAAGACAAGCAGUAUUCAGGCCUCAAGAAGAACGUAAGAACCGCGGAGCUCCAGUCAUCUUCCAGACAUAGAAGCUCAAAGAAAACAAGAAGUACCCUUCAUCUAAGAACAAGAAGACAAGCCGAAUUCAGUUCUCAAAGAAAAACUACAGUAACCGCCCAGCUCCAUCGACCUCCGACAUCAACGUGGAUCGUAGAACUGAAAGUUCCUAACGACUUCCCUAAAAGCUGUCGAAUCCACCGGAGCCUCCACCAAAGAACAAGAAGACAUGCACAACUUGGUCCCAAGAUAAACGUCUACAAUAACCUAGCUACAGUCGGCUCCAGACUCAAAGGUGGAUCGGCAAACUCGAAAAAUACCGACAAAACUCCUGGAAUAAAUCUUGGGGUCGAACCCGUCGAAGGCUUCAAUGAAGAACAAGAAGAUAACCCGAUUUCGGAUCUCAAAAAAAGUUAUACCGUAACCGCGAAGCUCCAGCCACCUUCCAGAUAUAUAACGCUCAAAAAAAAACGCGAAGUCGAACCCCUCAAAGCCUCCAAUGAAAAACAAGAAGACAAUCCGAUGUCAGGUUUCAAGAAAAAAACAUCAGUAUCCGCCUAGCUUCAUCGGCCUCCGACAUCGAAAAGCUGAAUUCCUAAACGAAAUCCCUUAAAAAGACAAGUUGUCGAACCCGUAAAAGCCUCCAUCAAAGAACAAGAAGACACGCGAAACUCGGUAAAUCGUCAGACCAAUAUUUACUAAAAAAUUUCAAAAAAAAAAAAGAAAGUUUUCGACUCCUAGAAGACCAUCGUCGUAGAAUAAGCCGGAUUCUGGUCUCAACAAGGGCGUCUACAGUGUCCACUCCGUUCCCGUCCGCUCCAGACUUCAAGGUGGAUUGUAAGAAUCAAAAAUUCACAACAAAAUCCCUGAAAAUGACGAGUUGUCGAGUCAUAUGAGGCCAACGUCGAAGGAAGACAAGCCGAUUUGAAGUCUCAAGAAGAACGUCUACAGUAACCGCCCAGCUCUAGUCGGCUCCAGAAACCAAGUUGGAUUGUAAGACUUGAAAAUUCAUAACUAAGAAGCAUGACAAGAUGUGAGUCCUUAAAGGCCACCAUCAAAGAACAAGAAGGCAAGCCGAUUCAAAGUCUCAAGAAGAGCGUCUACAGUAACCACGAAUCUCCAGCAGACCUCAGAGCCUCCUAAGAACCAAAGACAAACCUGGGCUCUGAACGGAGCACCGGAGAAGUCGAGGAAGAAGAAGAAGCGACCAUCCUCCACCGACAAGUCCGACAAGACAAACUGUUGA